UCGCGCAGGCGGACAAGAACUUACUCACCUUCGGCGGACGAGAGGUUUGAUUCGCCUUCGGACAGUGAGAAUGACGAGAGUCUUGAUGAGUUCGAGAUGCAUCGCAUCAAGCCCCACGAGAAGACGGGGAUUGUGUUUGACUUUUCGUCUGAACGAGCUGCGCGCUGGGCAACGGCCAUCAAUCUGCCCGAAGGCCUGUACAAUAGUGAAGAGCAGGACCUUUUCUUCCGGCUCGCUAUGCGUGGCUUUGAGCCACUCGUUCCCCAGCUCUGGCGACACGACUUCCCGACGCUGCCGGAAUCGUUGUAUCCACCGACCUCGGGCCCUUCUUUCCGACCUCUGUUCCAGGUUCGCAGAAGCUCCAAUCUGUAUGCCACCAAAGCCCUGGCCAACCUGUUCAAUGUCGGGGGCCGCGUCCGGGACUGCGACAUCUUGGGCCAACGACCCGAGAAAGUGAUCAAGGCCGCCAUCAAGCAGUACUUCCGCUGGGCGCUGUUCGACGCCGAUCUGCACACCACUGACGACUCGAUCCCCGUGUAUGCGGUCUACGCGCAGAGGAAAGGCGAGACGACGCUCCAGGCCGUGCGGCGCCUCAACCGCCGCCUGCGCUAUCUGACCGCGAAGUACCACGAGGCUCUCGGGCUGACCCAGGGGCCGACGCAGACCGAGGAGCCGGAGCCUCAGGAACAGAUCCACGACUCCAUCGAGACCCCGCGCAGCUUCCCGCUGCUCAUGGGGUUCAUCAUCUGCGGUCCCAUCGUCGCGAUCGUGACGCACAGCACGGAUCCCCAGGAGGCCGAGGCCAGCUUCGAUGGCAAGUUCAUCUCGCAGUUCGACCUGUCGGAGCGGGGUCAGGAUGUGUGGAACUCGCUGGCGAUUGCGAUUGCGGUCAUGCAUACGCGGCGGACGAUGAUCGGGCUGGCGGAGAAGGGGCUGGGCGGGUUUACUUUCUUCGAUACGGCGCAGCCGGCGUCGGAU